AGGUAUAGAAGUUGGCUCUUGACAAGCCAAAAGCUGUCGGAUCAUUGAUCAUAAGAGCUCGCAGCACCGAAACUGAUGCCCGCUUCAUAUACUAAACGGACCACAGAGACAGUUUUUUAGGUUUAUUCUGACAAGCAUGAGAAGAACACCGAGUUAAUUUCACUAGGCUAUAACUGCGAUCACUCAAGCUUGUCCUGGAAACUGACAGAAUCAGAACUCGUCUCUAUUUCCAGCUUUGGAGUUACAUCGCAACCCACGAGAUUCACAGAGCAAAGGAACCUUAUGAAGUUAUGGAUUGUGGAGGGACUAUGGCAAUGUAAGAAUUAUUUUUGUGUGUUUUUUUAACGUGGGUGAAACCCAUCAUCGGCUUCAGAGUGAAUCCUCGCAGGUCAUCCGACCCUCACCUGUAUAAGCAACUGUCUUUUUUAUUUAACUGAGUAUUUUCAUAGCUGACCACAAUGUUCCAGCACAAUAAGAAAUGCUUUACGAUUGAAUCUCUCGUGGGCAAAGACAUCAAUUCGACAAGUGCUGCCGCGGAUGAGCCCAUCAGACCCACGGCUCUGAGAUUUUCUGAAUCUAUCCAUCCAUCGCCCUUUGGGAACUGCUUCCAGAACUCAGGCAGAACACUGUACAGCAGCAGCCCGGAGAUGAUGUUCACAGACCCGACCUCUCAUUCCACCAACUCUGGUCUGUCUCUGCGGCAUCUUCAGAUUCCCACACAGCCUUUCUUCAGUCCUCAUCAGAGGGACACAUUGAACUUCUACCCGUGGGUACUGAGGAACAGAUAUCUCGGACAUCGAUUCCAAGGUGAGGACAGUAGCCCAGAAAACCUGCUGCUACACGGGCCCUUCUCCCGCAAGCCCAAGCGCAUCCGUACUGCCUUCUCCCCAUCGCAGUUGCUACGGCUGGAACAUGCCUUUGAGAAGAAUCAUUACGUGGUGGGUGCCGAGCGGAAGCAGCUGGCCAACGGGCUGUGCCUGACAGAAACACAGGUGAAGGUCUGGUUCCAAAACAGAAGAACCAAGCACAAGAGACAGAAACUGGAGGAAGAGUCACCUGAUUCUCCACAGAAAAGAAAAGGCAAUCAGCAUGUGAGUCGCUGGCGAGUAGCCACUCAGCAGGGCAGCCACGAGGACAUAGACGUCAUUUCUGAAGACUGAUAUCAUAGCUGUUAUGUUGGGUCAUAAACCAUCGAUCGUGUUGGUAGAUCUCUUUAACUACUAAAAACACAUUUCUUGAACUUGACUUGUAAACUAAGGAAAUGAGUCAGAACUAUGCAGUCGGCUAACCGUGACUUCUGAUCGUGCACAACAGAACAAUGGACGCCAACUGAUGAACUUCUUUUAAAGACUUGAUUGUAAGACUUCUGUAUGCAAUACACAAGGACCUCUUCAUUUGGAUCUCAUUCCAUCUCAGAGCAAUGAAGACAUUUUUCUACCUUUUUUGAAUUGUCAUCUUGCCAGUUACUAUCAGUCAAAACAUUUCUAUCAUAUUGUAGUGUGUUGGGUGAUACAAAUAAUAGCAAAUAAAAACACCACUAGAUGUUUUUCAGUAUCAGAUUGGUACAGAUUUUCACAGACCACGAUGACUAACAAUGACAGGUCGAUCCAGUAAUUGAAAUAUCACAGGUGGUUAAAAACCUCACAGUCAGAUAGGUUUGUCUUUUUAGAGUAUCACUAGUGCAGUUUAACAUUUAAAAUGGUUCUAUUUAUUCUGAAUGAACAUACUUUUCUAUGCAUUUGAGCUCCAAACCCAAAAUUUUAUUUUGUGAUUUACAUAUGGGUUAAAGCUUACGUCACUGAAGAUUUUCCAUACUGUUUUGUGUGAACAUCAUUUUUUUUCCUUGUUUUUAUGAUUUUGAUAUCACAAUGGCUCAUGAAUAUCAGCGAGCUAGAAAAACUAGAACUAGAGGUAAAAAUAUUUUCUUUAUACAUGACUAAGAAAAGAGAAAAUAACUGCAUUCUAACCUCUAAGACCCAGAAUGGUUUGUAGCACUUCAUAGCAGAUUGUUUGUUUUUGGGGUUUUCUUUAAGGCGGUAAGCACUGUAAUCUCAUCUGUUUGCCUUCAUUUUCA